UCCAUUAAGGCUACAAGUUCUGUGUAGGUUAACCGAGGACUUACUAAAAUUACGAAGCGAAGGGGUGGUGGCUGAAGUAGUCUCUCUCUGUGGAAAUGGUUUGUUUAUGCUUUUUGGUGGACCAAAAGAGGAAGAUUAGCAGCAGCAAGCCGGCGGCCGGAACAUGUUCACGUUGCCGGAGUGGAGUCAGCGUAGCCGACAUGAAAACCGUCACUCGGUUUUGUUAUCUUCCCUUCUACAGCAAGUCCUGGAAAGCUAUCAUCUGUACGUUCUGUGGAGCUUUUCUCAAGUCUUACAGAUGAUAACAAAAAAGAUUCAAGUACGUUCAGCUUUAGCCUUUCUUUCGUCGACUAGAAAAAUAGUUUCAAGACCGACAAAAACAGUCAAAAUGACCGAAGGUAGUGAUUAGUUUAAUUACAAUUAUUAUUAUUUCUUAAUUUAGAUUAUGGCUAUUAAUUAUGUCUAAAUUUACUAACUGAAUUGAUGUUUUAGUCGUGAAGUUCUUCUGUGACAUUAAUUAUUGGCAGUUUCAUCAUUAGAACCGUAUGUUUAAUA